CUUUUUCUACUGAAAUCGUCGCGUAUCUUUACCGCGUCCGACUAUUUGCCUGCCACUUUAACGACGGCAACCUCUACCUCCCACAAUUCUCUCCAGACAACCCUCAUACACCCCGAACAAACCCACCGCGACCAUGUCCCGCCACCACCCAGACCUAGUAAUGUGCCGCAAACAACCCGGCAUAGCCAUCGGCCGCCUCUGCGACAAGUGCGACGGCAAGUGCCCCGUCUGCGACUCCUACGUCCGACCCACCACCCUCGUCCGCAUCUGCGACGAGUGCUCCUUCGGCAACUACCAAAACAAGUGCGUCGUCUGCGGCGGCGAGGGCAUCUCGGACGCCUUCUAUUGCUUCGAGUGCACCCGCCUCGAAAAGGACCGGGACGGGUGCCCAAAGAUUAUCAACCUGGGGAGUUCGAGGACUGAUCUGUUUUACCAAAAGAAAACGAAUCGGACGGGGUUCUAGUAGGGUGGUGCCCUGGGCUGGGCGGUUUUAUUUUUUGAUACUAUCAUGCAUUAUAUUUUGCGUUGCGGUGACGAUUGAUGUCAUCUAGAUGUGGCUUCAAGGAGAGAAGAAGAGCAUAGAAACGGCGUUCAUGGCGUUUGGGAGCAAGGAGAAAAAAGAAACGGAC